CCAACCUGAAAGGGUUCUGCCCUUCUUUGGAAUCUCAGAAAACCCAUACUCUAUAAAAGCCUCUCUCCCUCUCCCUGGAAUCUCACUCUGAACCCUCUUCGUCUUCUUCGCCCUCUCUCCCUCUCUCCGCCAAAUCCCUCUGUUUCCGUGAUCAUCUCUCUCUCGAGGAUCCAUGGCUUCCGUCGCUCGUGCAUCGACUUCCAUGCAGGCCCGCCCUUUCCAAAUGGCAAUGGCCAUGAAGCCGGUUACAGGUUUUAGCCAGGGAAGGAGCAGUCUCUCUUUCAGGUUUCGGCCGUCACCUGCCCGGUUGACGUUCUCUUGUCCUCAGGCAAAGCCUGAGACAGUGGAGAAGGUAUGCGAAAUCGUCAGGAAGCAGCUCUCGCUGGAUGAUUCGGAACAAGUCACGGCCGGAACCAAGUUUUCCGAGCUCGGGGCCGAUUCCCUUGACACGGUGGAGAUCGUGAUGGGUCUGGAGGAAGAGUUUGGGAUAAACAUGGCCGAGGAGAAAGCUCAGGCGAUCGCCACCAUCGGACAAGCUGCGGAUGCCAUCGAGGACCUCGUCAAUGACAAGGCUAACUAAAGAUGCCGAACAGGGAUUUGUUCUUAUAGGUUUGGUUAAGCUAUGGAGAUACCUCUCUCUCUAAAGGAGGGUUGUUGCUGAAACAUAAAUGCUAUGAUUAGUGGGUAAACUUUUGAAUUUUGAUUAAUUGUGUUAUUAGAUUUCGAUAUCUUUUUGGGAUUUCAAUUAUUACAUUGGUGACGUUGUAAAUUCUGCGAUUAUUAUGUGAUUUAACGAAUCAAUCGGCGAGGUGGAAAU